UUCUUGCAAUCUUGCUGGAGCUCGAGGUGCCCGUUCAUGGAGUCAACCAUCUUCAGUUCCACGGACACAAGGAUUGCUGUGGUCACCGGAGGGAACAAGGGGAUCGGGCUGGAGGUGUGCCGGCAGCUUGCCGGCAACGGCAUCACCGUCUUUUUGACAGCCAGGGACGAGGCGAAGGGCGCGGCGGCCGUCGACGAGCUCCACGGGCUGGGGCUCUCCAAUGUCAUCUUCCACCAGCUGGAUGUCACGGACGCUUCGAGCAUCGCUAGAUUAGCCGAAUCGUUGAGGUCCCGCUUUGGGAGGCUGGACAUCUUGGUGAACAAUGCCGCCGUCGGAGGGAUUGAGCCCGUGAACGAUCCAUCUUUUGGUCUGCUGCCCACUGAAGACAAGUUCAACGGCAUGGAUGGGCAUCAGAGGGUUGAAUGGAUGUGGAAAAAUUGCCGACAGACGUAUGACAUGGCAAAGGCCGGCCUCAAGACAAACUUCUAUGGCACCAAGCAUGUCACUGAAACUCUCCUCCCUCUCCUGCAGUCCUCCUCCGAUGGAAGAAUCGUUAACGUCGCAUCAAGCUUCGGGCUGCUAAGAUUCUUCAGAAACGAGGAGCGGAAGCGGGAGCUGAACGACCCCGACAGCCUCACCGACGAGAGGCUGGACGAGCUGCUGGACAUGUUCAUCAAAGACUUUGAGGUCGGCGCGGUGGCGGAGCGCGGGUGGCCGACGGAGUUCUCGGCGUACAAGGUGGCCAAGGCGGCGGUGAACGCGCACUCGAGGGUCCUGGCCAGGAAGCACCCCGCGCUGCGCGUCAACUGCGUCGACCCGGGAUACGUGAAGACCGACUUGACCAGGAACUCGGGCCUCCUGACACCCGAGGAAGGCGCGAGCAGGGUGGUGGCGGUGGCGCUGCUGCCGGAGGGCGGGCCGACGGGAGCGUUGUUCGAAGGCGGCAAGGAGGCGUCCUUCUGCAGGGUUGCUGUGGUCACCGGCGGCAACAAAGGUAUCGGGCUUGAGGUGUGCCGGCAGCUGGCCGCCGACGGCGUCACGGUCGUUCUGACUGCCAGGGACGAGACCAGGGGCACUGGGGCCACCGAGAAGCUCAGAGGGAUGGGUCUCACCAGCGUCGUCUUCCAUCAGCUGGAUAUCACGGACAGUUCCAGCGUUGCUCGUUUGGCUGAUUUCUUGAAGGCUCGUUUUGGCAAGCUAGAUAUACUGGCAAGCUCUCCUUCUCCCCUGCUCGCUGUGCUCUGCUUGCAGGUGAAUAACGCGGCAGUUGGCGGGAUGGAUUAUGCCCAGGGAGUUGAUACCAACGAGGAGCAGUUCGUUGGCAUGGAAAAGAUGCAGAGAAUUGAAUGGUUGCGUCAACAAGGCCGGGAGACGCACAAGGCAGCGAAGAACGGCGUGCAGACGAACUACUACGGGACGAAGCUUGUAAUCCAAGCUUUGCUGCCUCUGCUCGUGAAAUCCUCCUCGGAAGGAAGAAUCGUUAAUGUCUCCUCAGGCUUCGGACUACUACGUGUUAUCAGCAACGAGGAUCUGAAGAAGGAGCUGGAUGACAUCGACAACCUCACCGAGGAACGGCUGGACGAGGUGCUGGACAACUUCCUGAAAGACUUCGAGGCCGGGACGCUGGGGGCGCACGGGUGGCCGACGGAUUUCGCGGCGUACAAGAUGGCCAAGGUGGCCAUGAACGCGUACACGAGGAUCUUGGCGAGGAGGCACCCCGCGCUGCGCGUCAACUGCGCGCACCCCGGCUACGUGAAGACCGACAUGACGCUGAACUCGGGGUUCCUGACGCUCGAGGAGGGCGGGAGGAACAUCGUGACGGUGGCCCUCCAGCCGGACGGCGGGACGACGAGCGCGUACUUCGACGAGGGCAAGGAGGCACCGUUCAUGUGAUGGCGGCGAGGACCCAAAACAAAGUAUGAAGCUUAUUGGAGGCAUGGAGUUGCGCACGUUCCUUGAUUACGAACUUCAAGUUCAACUCUUUGUGUAUUACUCCUUUCAGUUUAAUAAUUCUUAUCGUUUUAGAUAAUGUUAUGAUUUGAAUAUCUAUCUAAAAUUAUGAUUUCCUAAUAUAAUAUAUACACAAUAAAUACUUGUUAAAG